AUGUCAGUAGGGAAGAUAACAUUCUUCAUCCACAUAGAUGAAGUGAGGAUUCCCGGUAAUAAACUUCACGGAGGAGGAUGUUGUCAGGGAGUGGUCGGUACCCAGUGUACCAAGUUGUGUAAACCUGUACUCACCGUAUGUCUUAAAAACAGUAAUCAUCCCUGUGUGUCUAGUUUUACCACAACAUUAGACAUGAAACGACAAGGCGUCUUCUAUGGAUCUAAAGUCGGGAAUACAACCAACCCACAGUUUUUAGAAAUUGAUUCAUGGAAAAAUUAUCAGGACAAGAUAUCAGUGAGAGUUGUAGAUUUACAACUCUCCUCCUCACCACUCAUCUACCAGACAGAGUUCUCGGACUACAAUAUAAGACUAGGAGACAAUGCACUUUCACAACACUGGCGACAGAAGAGAUUGACAGCAUUUUUUAUAUUGGAUAAAAAUACUUUUUUUAUCCAGUUAACGUACAAGGCGUACUGUCCUGAGGGUUACUAUGGAUCAGACUGUACAGACCAUUGUCCUGGUUAUCCACAGAAGUGUGUCGUCAACGGUCAUACCUACUGUAAAAUGGGUUGGCAUGGAAAUAACUGCAAUCAGGACAUAAAUGAAUGUGCUACUCGACAGUUUUGUGGACAUGGAAACUGUACAAAUACAGUUGGUAGUUUCCACUGUAAAUGCCCUUCCUCUGUUUACGGUUUAAAAUGUCAGCUUGAUGAGGAUGAAUGUCUUCUGGAACCUUGUAAUGGAGGAGAGUGUGUCAACAAGAUCGGGAGUUACUCAUGUCAGUGUAGAACAGGGACCGUUGGUACAAACUGUGAAUCGUUAACUGCACACCAAUGUCACAGUGAUACAUGUAAUCAUCAUGGAACUUGCAAUGGUCACAAUGGAAAAGCCGUGUGUACUUGUAACACAGGAUAUACCGGUCCUGAUUGCUCCAUGAGAAAUUCCUGUGCUUACAACCAGUGUCAGAAUGGUGCUACAUGUGUGAUAUCUGGUGGUAACUAUACUUGUCAUUGUUCGAUGGGCUAUAUGGGACCACUCUGUGAAAUGCGUGACUACUGUUUUCAACAAACAUGUAGCAAAAACGGUAUAUGUCACAAGGUAGUAGAACCUGAUUAUCAUGGCUUUUUAUGUAAAUGCGAUGCUGGGUGGUCUGGAUUAGAGUGCCAGUCGUAUGAUUUCUGCUAUAAUGUUACUUGUUCUAAUCACGGGAAAUGUUUUACUGGGCAUAAUGACUUUGUAUGUUUAUGUGACCCUGGGUAUACUGGGAAAGUUUGUGAAUUGACACAGGUUUGCCACAUGUCAUCAUGUGUUGCCCCUCGUAUCUGUAAGGAAAAUUUGGGAGUAUAUUCUUGCGAAUGCCCGUUUGGAAUAGCAGGAAGCAACUGUGAUAGAAUUGACCACUGUCUUAAAAUUCCAUGUGGGAAUCGUGGUACUUGUAAGGACACAGAUAUAGGGUUUAACUGUUCUUGUUAUAUCGGAUGGACAGGUCUCUCAUGUGAUGAGGUUGAUCACUGUGCAAAUGCGUCGUGUCAGAAUGGAGCAAUAUGCAAUAAUAAUGUGUAUAAUUAUACCUGCUCCUGUAAAGAAGAAUUUUACGGUCGUUUUUGUGAAAAUAUAGACUUCUGUUUGUCUAACCCAUGCAUAAACAAUGGAACAUGUCAUAAUCAUGCUAAUGGGUUUACAUGCUCAUGUUCUCUUCAAUGGACAGGGCAUCAGUGUGAAAAAGAAAACUUUUGUUUUACCAAUAACCCUUGUGGACGGCAUGGUAAUUGUCUGCAAGUGAGUUUGCACGUGGAAUGUUCCUGUUUAGAAGGCUGGGUGGGAAAAAAUUGUACAAAUAUAGAUUACUGCUUUAACGCUUCUUGUGGUCUUAUGGGAACGUGCAAGAACUUAGCAGAUUCUUAUGUUUGUCACUGCGAUGCAGAAUGGACAGGGAAAAACUGUGAAACAAAUGCAUGUGAAAACAAUGCGUGUCUUCACGGAAGUUGUCACGCCUCUAAGGAUACUCUUUAUUCCUGUCAUUGUGAUCCUGACUGGGUCGGCGAUUUAUGUGAUAUAGUGGAUCCUUGUAACUCUAUGUCAUGUGAAAACGGUGGAAAUUGUGUGGUUCAUUUAUCUACUUCACAAAAAAACUCAGCUUUAGCUAUGGGAGCAAAUGUGAACGCAACUGCAUUAUGCAAAUGUGCAAAUAGAUGGAAAGGUGACUAUUGCUCAGUUGAUGUUGAUGAGUGUCAGCAAAAACAUCCGUGCCAUGGGCAUGGCUCCUGUUUAAAUAGUGCUGGUGCUUUUACGUGCAAUUGUGAGAAAGGCUUCACUGGCAUCGAUUGUGCUGUAAAUAUUAAUGAAUGCGCAUCUAAUCCAUGCCAUAACAAUGCAACUUGCAUCGAUGCUGUUGACGGUUAUACUUGUUCAUGUUCUCCGUUUUUUAAAGGAGACCUUUGUGACAAAGAUGUAAAUGAGUGUGUUUAUUUUGUAUGUGGGUCUCACGCCACUUGCAUUAAUGACUAUGGCGAUUACAAGUGUAUGUGUGCACCAAAUUGGACAGGGCGUCAUUGUGAAAAUCAUAUCAGUUCUUGUUCCCUCGACCCUCGUAAAAACAAUGCAACAUGUUUUGAUGUAGAAGAAUUAUUUUGCUGUACAUGUGACAACCGGUUUACAGGAAGACACUGUGACAUUGAUAUAGAUGAAUGCAAGACGAGAUCUCCCUGCAAAAAUGGCGCAUCUUGUACAAAUACAUACGGGUCAUUUAACUGCACAUGUCCUGAAGGAUGGAGUGGGGAGAUUUGUGAUGUAGACAUAGAUGAAUGUCUUAAUAAUUCUUGUCCAAGAAAAACAACAUGCAUAAACAAAAUGAACGGCUUUGUAUGCAAGGAUUGCUCAACUUCUCAUUGUCUUAAUGGCGGACGCUGUGUUGACACAGAACAAGGACCUGUUUGUCAAUGUUCCAAAGACUGGACAGGUGUUGAGUGCAGUGAAAGAAAUUUCUGUAAAGACAAUCCAUGCGGACCACUUCAGAUCUGCAUCAAUGAAAAGAGCACGUUCAUCUGUGAGUAUCAUUCCUGUAAAAGAUCUCCUUGUCAAAAUAAUUGACGAUGUAUUGAAGAAGGCGCGGAAUAUCACUGUGAGUGCAAAUCUGGUUGGAAAGGAAAAUUAUGUGACGAAAUUGAUUAUUGCGCAGUACCCAUUUGUGAAAAUAAUGGAACCUGUCACAAUGGGAACUCUUCUUUCCUUUGUGUUUGCCCUAACGACUGGUAUGGAGAACGCUGCGAACUCUAUAAUUUUUGCUUUUUUAAUCCAUGUAAAAACGGUGGACUUUGUCAGAAUUCUAUAAACACAUACAUUUGCAAUUGUCCACAGGGGUGGAUGGGCAAAAGCUGUGAUAUAUAUGAUCAUUGUUUCAACUUACAAUGCAGAAAUGAUGGUAUCUGUUAUAACAAGAACACGUCCUACACUUGUGAUUGUCCGGAUGAGUGGAAGGGAGACAACUGCGAGGAGUACAAUUACUGUUCAAGUUCACCUUGCCACAACAAUGGAACUUGUUUGAAUGGAAAAGCUACUUUUUCUUGUUCCUGCUUACCUGGCAACUUAGAUAAAACUUGUGACGUGUUUGAUCAGUGUCUUUCAGCACCAUGUCAAAAUAAUGGGACCUGUAUAAUGAAUCAGACAAAUUAUGAAUGCCGAUGUCAUGGCGGCUACAUCGGGAACCAAUGUGAAAUGGAUCGAGAUGAAUGUAAAAUGAAUCUGUGCCCUGCAAGGUCAACUUGCUAUAAUGAAAAUGGUGGAUAUCUGUGUUUAUGGGAACAGAGACGGAAGAGGGAAAUUUCUUUAAUAGAUUUGUCACAUGGGGUACUGGAGUUUCCAUACUCUGCAGACGGAGGAAAGAUGGACAAUUAUGUUGUCAAUGCUAAAAAACAAGUGGAGGAAACGUUAUGUCAAACUGCACCUUCUCUCUCUUAUUUAGACGAGUGUAUAAUUGCACAGAAGACUGGACAGAAAUUGUGGUAUCUGUUAGAAAAAAAUACUACCUACUCUUGUGAUUGUCCAGAUGAAUGGAAGGGAGACAACUGCGAGGAGUACAAUUAUUGUUCAAGUUCGCCUUGCCACAACAAUGGAACUUGUCACAGUGGACAAGAUUCUUUUUCUUGUUCAUGCUUACCUGACCUCUAAGAUAAAACCUUUGACGUGUUUGAUCAGUGUCUUUCAGCACCAUGUCAAAAUAAUUGGACUUGUAUCAUGAAUCAGACUAUUUAUGAAUGCCGAUGUCAUGGUGGAUACAUCGGGAAGCAAUGUG